UUUAUGAACAAAAUAAGUGUGAUGAUACUAUGAAAGGAAAGUUUAAAAAGGCGAGAAAUGGGUUCACUUUACUGGUUAUGUUUUGUGAUUUACAUGACAGUUUCUAAUGAAGUUCAGUCUUCUGUAAGAAUAUUCCCUUCAGUUUUAGAUGAAAUUACAGGCAAUACAGCAAGCUUCAGAUGUUUACACAAUGGUACUGCGGGAAGAAUUCGAUGGGUCAUUAAUGACAAUAACAUUUGCCACUCUGACAUAGAUUCGUGCAUUGUAAUUUCGCUUCCAACAAAUAAUAAAUUCAACUGCAGCUGUCUCAAAACAUUUAGUGACACAAUACUGACUUUACAAAUAUCGACUAUUUCAAGGGAAGAUCAUAAUACGUCCUUUAGUUGUAUGAUACUUUCCUUAAGUGGUGUAGAGAGCAAAGGGGCAGUACUUUAUGUAAAAGUUCCAGUCAAAACAUUGACUAUCACGCCUACCGAGAAGUCGAUACAGAUUUCUGAAAACAACACAACAAUGUUUACUUGCAACACUUCUUACAGCCGGCCGAUUCCCGAGAUUCAAUGGAUUUUAAAGGAUCGCAGCCAUUUGCAAUUAACUGGAGAGCAAACAAAUAAAUCUAACAUUAUAGGUUUGACUUCAGCGGAGAGUGCUCUUAAUUACAAACCAAACAGAACAUACAACGGAUGGAAACUUUAUUGUGUUGUCAUCGGGUCGGAAGUGCAAAAGAAAGAAAUAUCAUCAAGUUUAAUAUCACUUUAUGUCACAUAUCCACCUGAUACAACGCUAAUGAUAAAUGGAUUUCUCUCAAAUGGAAUUUAUUAUGGAAUUGAAAAUAACACAGGUACUUUAACUUGCAAAAUCACUGGCGGAAAUCCAAAGCCUUUAUUGACAUGGACUAGAUGUUUUGAUAAUGAAAUUUAUACAAGUUCUGGCAGUUUCUCGACAGCAGAAUCUACCACAAAUACGUUGACUUGGCGGGCAAUGUCUGACACUGAUAGAUCAUGCACUUGUCAGUCCAUACAAAUGGAAAGAAAUGACUCUGUGUCUAUCAAUGUCAGUGUUUUAUAUCCUCCUACCAUACCAAUACUCACGUAUGAAUCAUUGAAUGUGUCAGGAAAUAUAUAUAUCAUACAAAGCGAACAAUUGUUGUUGGAUUGUAGAAGCAAAAGUAAGCCCCCUCCAACUUAUCAAUGGGAAGCAAAACACAUACCAGUGACUUUCAAUAAAACAUUGCAAAUUCUGGUGACAGACAAAAUGCAUGCAGGAAAUUAUACGUGUCUUGUUACAAAUACAAUGAACGCAACCGAGAGAAUACAGAAUGGUUCAAGUAGAAGCAGUGUUGAAGUCCAUGUUCUUUAUCCGCCUACAAUUAACACAUUAGAAAACUUGACAUUGGUAGAAGGAGAUCAUCUUAACUUUUCAUGUUCGGUUACUCAUGGAAACUCAAAGGAAACGGUAUUUUUAUGGACAUCUGAGAGGCACAUGACCUGGUCAAGUCAAUAUAUAACAAUACGUAACAUUUCAAGGGAUGACGACAUGAAUUACAACUGCAGUGUUUACAACAUUAUGACACCAACUGGAAAAUCACCUGUUAAAGGAACAGACAGUAAAAUGUGGCAUCUAUCUGUAGAAUACUCUGCGACAAUAAAGGAUUUUUACGUGAAUGGAUACAAAUCUGAGCGUAAUGUGACAUCAACUGAAUAUGACAACGUUACCUUUAUUUGCGACAUUGACAGUAAACCAAUUUCGAAUACGAGUCUACGAUUUACGACGGACAAAACUUUGGUUUGGACUCAUUCAAAUAUGCUGAGUUUUACACUUAGCUCUGCCAAAUGUACAGAUUCUGGAACCUUUUUUUGUUUCGGCAAAAACAAACACAACAUCGGAGUCGGUUCAACAAAGCAACUGAAUUUAUUUAUAAGAUGUUCACCGAGAGCUAAUCCAACAGUUCCAUUCAAUACAAACUUAACAGUAGCAAGUAAUGUUACUGCCGUUCUUUAUUUUCCUAUCCUUGCCUACCCUAAACCAGAAAGUGUUAUUUGGCAGAAAUAUUCAAAGUCUAAUUGGAUAAGUGUUACAUCAAACAGUAAUAUCAAUAUAUCAAAUAAUGAGUUAAAUGUAAGUUUAUCUAUAUACAACAUGAUGGAGACCGACUUCGGGCGAUAUAGGCUAAUUAUUUCUAAUGAUGUUGGUUCAUACAUACAAGACUACUACAUCAAUGCUGAAGGUAAGUUAUGCACACUUUCAUGUUCUAUGUGUUUAGAUUAUUAUCCAAAUAAUCUUUGAUAAAAUGUUUAUUAA